AUAACAGAAGAGAGGAGACAAAAGAGAGAGAGCAGAGGUUAGUGGAAAAUGUUUAUGGAACGCCUGAGCUAAGCGGAUUUUCUAGCUAAAACAAAUUAAAAAAAGUGAUUGAGCGGAUGAAACACUCUCCUUAACGGACAGACACUCUCUUUUGAAAGGACAAAUACACAGGAUAAAGGAAAAUAUAUACUGAGACUUUGAUUCUUUAAAAUUCGAAAAAUUAAUUUUUCGAAUAAUUUCAAUAUGAUAUUGAGGGUAUCCGGACUUUUCCCUUCAAUAUACAACCCGAAAACCAAGUGAGUGAAACUCAAUCCAGAAGCAACAGCGUGUUCUUUAGCCCCUCCAGUCAGCGAUUCAGCGAGAGCUGAGCUGAGCGAUUUCCCCUCCAAAACGAAUACAAUUACGAAUGCAAAUGCGAUUCGAAUACUCGUACUCAUACUCGGACUCAAAACUCGUACUCGUGCUCGUACUCGGGCCAGAGCCACCCCCGAGCCCGAGCAACACCUGGUGCUGGCCACGUAAGCCUGUUGCUGGUGUCUUCGCAGCAGCUGCUGCUGCGACUGUUGCUGCGUCGUCGUCAUGGUCGACGUUACAGUUACACACUUUCCACUUGUUGUGCCUGUGGGUGCUGCUGCUGCUGGGGGAGGAGGGUGUGUGCGUGGGCUGGGGUGGCAGAUGUCCUUCGGGGCGUAAGGACGAGUCGAAAGCGAGCGAGCGACACGAGGUGUCCUCGUCAGUCGGCCAGCGGCGGAGCAACAGAUGCUGUUCAACAUCCAAGCCCAACGGUUGUGCGACUCUCAAAUAGCAGCAGAAGCAACAGCAAGGAGCCACACACAGCAAGGAGCAACAGGAGAGCAGCCAAAGCAUCCAAGCAACUAAAAGCGAAAGCAGAAACCAGAAAGCACAAGCAGAAGCGAAACUGUAAACCCAUGCAACAAGUCAAGACAAUAUACUUUUUUUUGAAAGUGCCAAAGAUCAGUGUUUGUGUCAAAGAAACGUGAACUUGUAUUUGUUUUGUCGCGUGCUAAAACCAAAAAUAUAUAUAUACAAAAAUGCAAUAGUUAUCAAAGAAGCUAAACUCAAACUACCUGAACCUGAAACCGAACCUGAACCUAAACAGGAAGCCUUGAAAGCCAAAUAAAUACCUGAUCCUAUCCUGAUAUUUAGCCCCAGAGAGGAGGAGGAGAACGAGGAAGGAACCAGAACCUGAAAAGCAACAGAUGAUUUAUACUAUAUACUAUAUAUCAACACAAAAUAUCAGCUAAUAUCGGCUAGUAACCGAGCAAGUUUAAAUGCCCAAAGCAAAAGCAGAAAGCAAAGAGAGCUAAACCGCCAAGGAAAUCCAAAUUGAGAGAACAGAAACAAUCAUGACUAUGACAGCCAUUUGCUUCGUGUGCAACCUGCCUAUCAUGUCGCACCAGGUGGGCUUGGUGUGGCAGGGCGGCAACGGCUGGGACGAUCUUGUGCGCGAACAGCUGGAGGAGUCCACCAUCCGUCAGCGUUUGGGCGGCAGACGCGACUCGGCGGCCCAGAUCACAACCCCGCCGAGCACCUCGCCUCCGCCGGGACUCCAACGCCGCCGGCGCAGCUCCCUUGCCCAGCUGACGGACAUUCUGCGCGAGUGGAGCGGCGGCGGCGCCAGCAAGCAGCAGCAGCAGCAUCACCACCAGCAGCAGACGCAACAGUCCCAGUCCCAGUCGCGUUCCAAGGCGCAGCUCAAUCGCCGCGAGACGCUGGCCGAUCUGGCCAGGAGCCUGCCCUGGCGAACCUCUACCACCACCGAUGCCAGCACCGGAGCUGGCGGAGGAGGCAGUGGCUCCGUUACCACCUACAUGGCACCGCGCAAGCGUCGCGAGUCCAGCGCCGAUUCGGGCAUCAGGAGCAUGCGUUCGCGUCGCGAAUCCAACACGGCGGAGUUUGUGCGUCACUGGAAUCGUCGCGAGAGUGGAGCAGUUGAGGAUCAACCGGGAUCGAGCAACUGUGGCGUGGUCGUGCCCGUGGUCAUCGAGUGCAGCAAGAGCGCCUCCCGUCGCGGGUCCGGUGAGAGCUACCUGUCCGGCAGUCGGCGGGACAGCAAUGUGGCCGGACGGGUGACAACACCCCCACCGCCGGGCAAGUAUCAAAUGGCCAAGAAGCGCGACUCGCUAGCCGCCCCGGAGUUCCCCAACUUCCGGCAGGAGCAGCGGCCCAGCACCAGCUCCGCAGGCUCCUGCUCGGAUCACUCCCAGCCCCUAUUAUCGCAGCACUCGAGCACUCACCACCUGGCCCACCACCAGCAGGUGGACACCGCCUGCCAGGCCCUGCCGCCGCCGACGAUCAUCACCAGCUCGGUGACGCCGCCGGCCACCAGCCCUACGGCCCCCAAGGGACGUCGUGACUCCCAGACGCAGUGCGGAAGGGUCAAUCGUCGUGACUCCAAGGCUGGGGUUAGUCCAGAGCGAGCGCCGCGCCUGCAGCGUCUUCAACGUCAGGCCACUGCCUUCGAUGAGGGCUGUCUUCCCGGAGGCGGCGGCGGCAGCCGUCGUGGCUCGCAGCCGGCUUUAAGUCCGGAUCCGCCGGACCAGGACUGUGAGCGAAGGACAUCGCGAAGGGACUCUCUAUCACCGGACAGUGCCUCGCGCGGCGGUCGCCGGGACUCGAGGACUCACUUGUCGCCGGACAGAUCGCACGAGCGGGAUGGCAGUCCGCGGAGGCACACGCUCCGCAGGCAAAGCAGCUCAGCGGCGGGUAGGUCGCCCAGGUCGCCGGACUCCAACAGCUGCUGCUCCUCGCGGGAUCCCAGUCCCUGCUCGCGGCCCGGGCCGCAGGUGUCCACCGUCUCCGAGCAGAAUCAGCGGCCGGCCAUAAGGCGUCAGUCCACCACCGAGGAGAUUCUGAUAGCUCGCGGCUUCCGGCGGCAGUCGACCACCGAGGAGAUGAUCCGUUGCCGGAAUUUUCGGCGUCAGAGCUCCCAGAGCGACGAUGUCUGUCGCUAUCGUGGCAGACGCGACUCCUCGGCCCAGAUCAUAGACGGCACCAUUGGCACCAUGACCGUGGAAACCACUAGCACUUUCUUUGACUCCAGCACCCAGACAGAACCCUCGCCGCUGUACGACAACAAUCACUAUCAUGAGGAGUGUCUGCGCUGCAACUCCUGCGGUCUGAACCUGACUGGACCCAACCAAAAGCGGGCCAGGAGAUUUAAGAACCAGAUCCUGUGCGACCUGCACUUCGCGGACGUGGCCCUGAUGGAGUGCUCCGACUUUAUGCAGCAGCUGCGUAGCUUCAAGCCACAAUCGCUGGGCUGCGCGGUCGCCAGGCGGAAGAGCUCCACCACGCUGAUAUUCCCACUGCCGCCGCAAGCAUGUUCAGAUGAGUUCUGCGAGGAGUAUCCGCACAAUCUGAUGCCCACGCCCGGCUACUGGAUCGAGUGCUCCCGCCAGAAGAUCACCAUGCCCACCCCGCACACCAUUUGGGAUGAGAGCGAUUCGGAGCACGAGGAUAUACGGGCGGGCAGUGCCAGCGAUGCGUACUUGGAGCGCGAAUGCAGCGAUCUUUACGAGGACGACGAGGACUCUGAGGCCACGCCCAGUCCGCGCAAAAAGACCACCAUUGAGGAGCAGUGGGACCAGCAGGGCGCCUUUGAACUGAUCUCCGUGGAGCAGGAGACGUACGAGAAGUAUUUCUAUGGCACCGAGCAUUGGAAUUACUUCACCAGCGAUGAGGACCUGGGCCCGGUCAUUCUGUCCAUCAAGCAGGAGACGCUCAAUGGACGAGACCAGUUCCGCAUCCUAGUGCGUGCUGGCUCCUAUACAGUGCAUGGACUGAUACCGGCCUCCUGUGUGUUUGCCGAUAGAUAUAAUCGCGAGGAGGUAGUUAGAUCUUUAGGUAAAGAAGUUAAUUUAAAUCCACCUUUAACGUUAGGACAAUUACCCGACACGCCAGAGGAAUUAUUAAAAUUAGAUCAGGUUUUUAUAAAAUCAGAAUUAAAAGUUGGCGUCAUAUUUGUCAAAGAGGAUCAGUAUACCGAAGAGCAAAUUCUGGACAAUAAUGAAAAUUCACCGCUCUUCGAUGAGUUCCUCACUCUACUGGGCGAUCGCGUCCGGCUGCGGGGCUUUGACAAAUACAAAGGUGGCCUUGACACGGUGCACGACCUCACAGGUCUCUUCUCUGUGUACACAAACUGGCGCAACAUCGAGAUCAUGUUCCAUGUGUCCACCCUGCUGCCAUACGAGAAGCAUGAUCCUCAGAAGCUGCAGAGGAAGCGCCACAUUGGCAAUGACAUCGUGUGCGUGGUCUUUCUGGAGGCGGACAACACUCGCUUCAGUCCCGCCUGCAUCAAGAGCCAUUUCCUGCACACGUUCAUACUGGUUCGUGUUUCGGCCAGAAUCAAGCACAAGCCCACAAGAUACGAGGUGUCCGUGGUGACCAGAGACGAGGUGGGCGCCUACAAGCCCUACCUGUGGGAGCAGUCCGUGUUCGAAAAGGGACCCAUGUUCAGGGAGUGGCUGUUGACGAAGAUCGUCAAUGGAGAGAGGGCCUCGUAUUCGGCACCAAAAUUCGCCAGGAUGCAGGAACGCACACGGUCGCAGAUGCUCGAGGAUCUGGUGAUGAAUCUGUCCAAUCAUGCCGAAACUGGCCAGAUACCGAAGCCCUAUCGCCGCGGCAGCUGGCGACCGAUCGGCCACAUGAGACCCUCGUCGCCGCUGCUCGACUCUGUCCGGGAUCAGUUCGAGGACUACGACCAGCUGGCCAAGGACUUCACCCGCGUAUUCCUCAACGAAGAACCAUCGUGCCUGACCAAUGCCCAUCUCUUCGACGUAGUCUUCCUGGUGGGCCAGUCCAAGCAGAAGGCGCGAUUCAUUGGUGUCCGGGCGAUACUCGGGGUACGGAGUAGGGUUUUUCAGGAAAUGCUGUACGGCAUCCAGACUGGCUUCGGAUCGCCUCAGAUUCCCGUUGCCGAGAUCUUUGCCCGUCCCGCCCCAUCGCUCGUGUCCCCGCAGAACCAGAAGCCGAAGAGCAACAACUACCUGACCGUUCCCGACUCGGACUCCAUACGGCCGAAGAGCGUGCCAUCGUCGCCGAUGGUGAAGCGGGCCUUCUCCCGGCUGGGCACCAUCACGGCGGGCUGGGGCCGGUCCAUAAGGAACAAGAACACGAACCAACUGAAUCCGGAUGACAAGAAGAAGUGGAUCUCGUCCACGGACUGUUCGAACAGGGACAGCAAGGACAAGGACAAGGACAAGCCGGGCAGCAACCAGCUGGCCGUUCCCCGGCUCUCCGUCUGCGCCGAUGCCCAGAAAGUGGACCGGGCCAAGCUGGCCCAAACCGAGUUCAAUAUUAUUGAGUUUGACCCGGAUACGUUUCGGGUUUUGCUCGAUUACCUGCACACGGGCACCUGUCCGCUCACCUGCGUCUCCAUACCAGGCCUCCUGUGCGCCGCAGAGCACUACGAUUUGCCGGAGCUGCUGCAGGCGUGCUUCCACCACUGCAAGCAGUUCCUGCGCAUCGAGGUCGUAUGCCCGAUGCUCAUCUCGCUGGAGAACUACUACUGGCGCUACACAUCCGCCUCCGAGCUGGUCAACAUGAUACUGUCGUUCGUGGAGAGCAAGGCGCAUGCGCUGUUCAAGUGCCCGGAAUUCCUGCACCUGUCCGAAUCGAUGGUCCAGAUGAUCAUGUGCCGCGAGCUGCAAACGCCGGAGAUACGCAAAUUCGAGGCGAUGCUGGCCUGGGCACAGCACAAGGUGGGCAAGCUGAAGAAUCAUCCGAACAAGGACACCCAGUUCGAGUUCGAGUGCAUCAUGGAGCGGCUAACGCGCGAUCUCAAUUUGUGCCGGAUAUCGCCCAGUGAGCUGCUCACCGUCGUCCUGCCCUCCAAGUCGAUGAAGAACGAACGCAUCAUGGAGACGCUCAUGGUCCAGGUGAAUCUUGGCACCUAUCGGAUGCCCGAGCUGGAUGCGUACCGUCAGCAGUUGCGCCAGCAGGAGUCCGCCGAGGCCACCGUCCAGGUCCACCGGGGUGGAUGA